AUGUCGUUGAAAUUACCACAAGCACCAAACUCUGGUCUAUUCAAACAAGGCUACUCAUCCUUCUCCAAUGCCGAUGGAGCCAUCAUCAGAAACGUCGAGGCCGUUCGUGAAAUCGCUUCCAUCUUACUCACAUCAAUGGGCCCAAGCGGAAGAAACAAGAUCAUCGUCAACAAGUUGGGCAAGAAAUUCAUCACCAACGAUGCCGCCACCAUGCUUAACGAAUUGGAAAUCGUCCACCCCGUAGUCAAAAUCUUGAUCCAGGCUUCAAAACAACAAGAGUUCGAAAUGGGCGACAACACAAAUUUGGUCAUCAUCCUUGCAGGUGAGUUCCUCAAUGUCGCUGAAAAACUAUUAACAUUGGGCUUAAACGUUAGUGAAAUCAUCCAAGGGUUCAACUUGGCCAACAAGUUUGUCAUGAAAACAUUAGACGAGUUGGUCGUUGAAAAAGUCGAAUCAUUUGAAACAGACUUGCUCAAAGCCGUCAAACCCGUUAUUGCCGCCAAACAGUACGGCGUCGAAGAUACCAUCGCCAAACUCGUCGUUGAUGCCGUCAAGUUGGUUAUGAAAAACGGGUCGUUCAAUGUCGACAAUAUAAGAGUGGUCAAGGUCAUGGGCGCAUCGCUCUCCCAAUCGCAAGUCGUCAAAGGAAUGGUGUUCCCCAGAGAACCCGAAGGCACCAUCAAAAACACCAGCAAAUCCAAAGUCGUCGUCUUUACCAACCCCAUCGACAUCUCCACCACCGAAACCAAAGGUACAGUGCUCCUCCAUAACGCCCAAGAAAUGCUCGACUUUACCAAGGGUGAAGAACAACAGUUGGACCAAUUGUGUAAGGAAAUCCACGAUUCAGGUGUUAGAGUGGUUGUUGCCGGAUCUAGUGUUGGCGAGUUGGCCUUACAUUACCUCAACAAGUACGGUAUCUUGGUAUUGCGUGUGCCAUCGAAAUUCGACUUGAGACGGAUUUGCCAAGUGUGUGGCGCUACACCUUUGCCUCGUUUGGGCGCACCAACACCCGACGAAAUGGGUGAAAUCGAUAUUAUCGAAACAAAAGAAAUUGGUGGCGACAGAGUCACAAUCUUUAGACAAGAUGAGUCGAGUUCCAGAACUGCCACCAUCGUCGUUAGAGGCGCAACCCAAAACAACUUGGACGAUAUCGAAAGAGCCAUCGACGAUGGCGUAAACUCCAUCAAAGGAUUGAUCAAAGAUAAUAGAUUGUUGCCUGGUGCUGGUGCUGUUGAAAUAGAGUUAAUGAAACGUAUCACCGCUUAUGGCGAGUCCACUCCUGGAUUGUUACAAUUAGCUAUAAAGAGUUUUGCCAAGGCGUUCGAAGUGAUUCCUCGUGUGUUGGCCGAAACUUCGGGCCACGACUCAUCAGAAAUCUUAAGUAAACUCCAUGCUGCACAUGCCACCGACGCUGGGCUUACAGCUGGUAUUGAUAUUGACUCAGGAGAGGUUUCUGACACUGGCGUGUUGGACAUUUUGUCUACAAAAAAAUCUGCUAUUGAUUUGGCAGUCGACGCUACAAACACUAUCCUCUCUAUAGAUCAAAUAAUCAUGGCUAAAAGAGCCGGUGGCCCCGUCAUGCCGCAACAGCCACGACCAGGUAACUGGGAUCAGGACGACUAA